GUUACUAUCUCAGACGUUUGACUCUGAGCUACAACCGUCUCCCGGCCGCUACUUACUUGCUUGUAACCACCCAUAGUCUUCUGUUCUACUCGCGUCUUCAUGGCUCGGGAUGGCUAUGCUCCAAUACCCUCAAACACACCCACCACACGCGCUCUCGUCCUCCAUCCGGGUCGUUCCCCCGGCUAUUCCUACUCAUACGGUCCACAAGGGCUCAAAGGCAUCCUCGCAAACAGAUACACCGCGUCGUGCGCGAUACUUGCCAGUAUCGGUGGUGUGGCAUUCGGCUAUGACCAAGGCGUCAUUGCAAAUGUCCUUGUCAUGCCGACGUUUCAGAAGCAGUUCCCACUCAAUCCAAUCUGGGUGGGCAUCAUGACCGCUGUACUCGAGCUGGGCGCUUUGUUCGGCGCGUUGGCUGCUGGAGUGAUUGCCGACCGUACCUCGAGAACCCGGGCCAUGAUGUUCUCUUCGAUGAUUUUCAGCCUCGGCUCGGCUUUCCAGUGCGCUGCAUCGUCAACAUCCUUCCUCAUUCUUGGACGUGCAAUCGGUGGAUUUGGCGUCGGCGCGCUGAGCAUGCUUUCUCCCCUUUACAUCUCAGAGCUGGCGCCUCCGGAAUUGAGAGGUUCCCUUGUCGCACUGGAGCAGUUCGCAAUCGUACUUGGCGUCGUACUUGGCUUUUGGAUAGGGUUUUUGACCCGAGCGGUACCUUCUUCACUAUCCUGGCGCAUACCACUCGCCCUCCAGCUCGUACCAGGACUCGUACUCGGUCUGGGAUCAGGAAUCCUUCCACAAUCACCCCGCCUUCUCGUCCUUCGAGGCCGAAUUGACGAAGCUCGUGCAGUGCUGCACCGCAUCAGAGGAACAGGGACCCAGAGGGGUGAUGAUGAUGAAAGUGUUGAGCUCCUUGAGAAUCUAAUCGAACUCGAGUUGAUGGAAAUGCGCAUUGGGACCACGCUCGCUGCUCGCCAGGAGGCUCUUGACGUCAGCAGCGCCGAGGCGAUACAUGGGCCUAUGCCUGCGACCCAGAAGGGCGGCAGUUGGGGAGCGUGGGCUGCGCUUUUAGGGCCGAAGUACCGCGAUCGCACGCUUAUCGGUGUCGCUGUCAUGUUCUUCCAGCAAUGGAGCGGUAUCAACGCGUUCCUGUACUACGGACCAUCCCUUCUUCGAGAAAUCGGACUCGGCGGGCAAGGCGCUAUCAACCAAAUCUCUCGCUCUAUCGCAGGUCUCGAGCCAGAAGUGGGGAUAGAUACCCCGACGCUGGUUGUAGCGGGUGGGAUCGGAAUCGUCCAGUUUUUGGCGGUGCUACCCGUCAUCCUUGGGCUUGAUCAUUGGGGACGGAAACCACUGUUACGAGGUGGUGCUUUAGUCAUGGGCAUGGCUCAUCUCCUUAUCGCUCUCUUGGUGCACGAGUUUGAAGGACAAUGGGGACUCUAUCCCAGCACUGCGUGGAUAGCCGUAUUGGCCGUAUAUGUCUUCACCGCAGCGUAUGGCGUGAGCUUUGGCCCGAUUGGCUGGGUGCUGCCGAGCGAGGUAUUACCGUCUUCGGUGCGGAGCAGAGGCGUCGCACUUGCGACGGCCUCGAACUGGCUCAACAACUUCCUCAUUGGUCUUGUUACUCCCGCCAUGAUGGCCAUAUCACCUGCGGGAACGUUUGGCGUAUUCUCUGUCGCUUGCUUCGGCGCUUAUCUUUGGGUGACGAAUGCUGUUCCAGAGACCGCAAACGUAUCUCUCGAAGAGAUUGAUGCUCUAUUCGCCUCCGCCGCUGCCCACGAAGAGGGAAGUCUCCGUGCACAGAUCGAAGGCGAGCUCGGGCUUCCAGACCUAAUCGCACGCUUGACGAAUCACGCUGACUAGCCUAAGCUAUACGAGGGAAUACUCGUAGGGUGGAGACAUUCUCCCUGAGGAAACUUAGAGUUAAGUAAGGGUCUCUCCAAGUUUCUGAUGGUCACUUUGCGCGCUCGUUUGUUUGGAUACCGCAUUGUAGUGUUUCUUGGGUUUUUGGACAUAUUUAUAUACACUUCAGUGGUAAUUAGGAACUGUACAUACCCUCGCAUAGAGGUGGUAAUUGACGGUAUCACACAUUCUCACCUUACACAAUAUGUUGGCCAAUAUACGUGCAUGUGCG